AAUGCCAUCCUAUAUCUCCAAUGUCCUGACCAUAUUGCAUCGACACUCAGCUCGCACAUCACCAGCAUCAAACCUAUCGCAAGACCUAGUCGGACCUCAUCCGAGCUUGUUCGAGGAUUCCUCUAUACAGUUAAAAGACAGGUCCGAUCUUCCUUCAAGAGGUCAAUGUGCUAUUCAUCUCGAGCUGCUGGAAGCGUUCUAUACUCUCCGUAUCCGGGUUACUACCUCGAGCAGGCUGACGAAAUCUUUGGAUCGGAAACAAAACCACAAGAGAUACUCGAUACUUGGUGGACGCAAAGAACCUUCGGAGAGAUGGCAUAAAUUUCUGUCAAUCGCAGUCACCAGAUUUCAGCAGUGGAUUCGAGUACUGAACCAUCAUCUCGAAGUCAAGCACCUUGUGGGGAACAAUUCUCUCCUUCUACCUCCGCUUGACAUACUCAUGGUAUGGCAUGCCUUCCUGCUCAACCCGCACGAGUUCUCCCAGUUCUGCAGUACCAACCGCCUAGAUCACAUCCGGGGCCUCUCAUUCCCCUGGAAAGCGAUACACGAGGCCCUAUCUCACGACAACUGGAGCUACACUCUCCCCAGCGAGACCUCAGCCUGGCUUCGGAACGAGCUGAACAUCACACCAGACCUGAUUACAGCACUUUUAGACAAUGAAGCCACCACUCUCAAAGCAAUGGCCCCUGAAACCCCAUCAGAACACAUUCCACUGGUAGACAACAUCCUCCGACAAGCCACCUUCAUUGACGAGAUGCAUGAUUUCCUUUGGAUCCGCAGUCCCGCGCUCCAGGGAACCCUCAGCCGGGCACUCGCGCGCUAUGAGCGCUUCGUCACCUUGUUCCGUCUGCAUCCGGGGAUAAUGCUGGUCCCGACCCUGGACGUGGAUUUGGUUUGGCACACGCAUCUGUGUAGUGCAGACAUGUACGAAGAGUCGAUGUUUAAGCGGACGGGACGGUAUAUCAAUCACGAUGAUAAGCUUGGCGAAGAAAUCCUUACUGGGGGGUUCGAUACGACUGGAAAAUUGUACGAGGCUGCGACGGGGGAGCCGUACGGGGGUUGCUUCUGUUGGGAUUGUGAGGCUAUGCGCUCGGCUGGAGAGAUGGUGGAAGGUGACGUUGGGACGGGCGCGCGGAGGAAGAUUGAGGAGGAGGUGGACUCUUACUGGCGAGCAGAGAUGGCGAGGCGCAAGUAGGUGUUUAGUUGGGGGAGUUGUACCCGUGGCUUGUCUUGAGUUGCUGCUGUAAGACUCUGCUACGUUAGCGAGACGCUUGUGUUCUAUAAUUUGUCCUAAGAGACAACACGAUCGACGACUUCAAACAUCGAAUGUUUC